UCGGAUCUGUAAGUGUCAUUGUGAACAUUACUCCAAAAAUAUCUUAAUUAUAGAGACCAUGCUACUUCUCAGUCCAACAGUAUGUCAUUGUUUAUGAUAAUCCUUCCAUCAUUAGGUACAGUGAAACAAUAUGAAAUGUUGACAUGUCUUCACGAUUGAAAGCUGGUUUUUCCCUUUUAGAGAAUUCAACAUGCUCUUUAGAGUUGGUCCUGUGAACCACAAGCAGCAAUGUGAUUAUCCCCAUCAUGUGAUCUACCACGGCAGUAUGAAAGAGGGCCUUUUAUCUGAGCUCUGAGCAGCUCUCAGAGGGUUGCAUGCAGCCAAAACACACAGCCUCUUCAGCUCGCGAGAGGAGAGGAACUGGAGAGGGUUCCCUGCUGAGGGUUCUUGUCAUGGAUCCUAACGCCUUAGGCCAGAGCAGCCCCUCCAGCUUCCAGUGGCUUUCCUUUGCUUACCAGGCGCUGACAGAGAUCCCAUAUGAAGCCAUCCUCCCACAGACAGACACCCUGGAGGUGCUGGACCUGAGCAACAACCUGCUGGAUGAUGUGUAUUGGAACCCGGCUCUGCUGGGGCAGCUGGAGAAGCUGAGCACUCUGAUCCUGGACUGCAACAACUACACCUCCCACAUCAAGUUCCCCUUCAUGGCCAGCGUCACCACCGUGUGCAUCAACAAGAACAACAUCAACAACCUGCCCGUGUUCGUGGAUGAAAUCCGGAGGAAGUUCCCGAACAUCAAGAUCCUCAGCAUUAUGAACAACGAGGCAGCACCGAGCUAUUUCAAUGGAGGAAGUCUGACCCAGUACACAGACUACAGGUGA